ACCUUGCAUUUACCUAUAUAAGUUUGACUUCGGUGGUCUUUUUCAAGCUAGAAAAAUGUCGUUUGUCUGUGAGGAUGUAUUAGACAGAGAUCUUUUGAAGAAAGCAUCAUAUUUUGAAAUUAGUGAAUUCAUUCGUGUUUCUUGUACUCGUCCAAAUGUUACCGUUGCUGAAAAAUGGUGUCUCGCACCUACCUUCUUUCCUGCCAAUUAUCAGUCUAGUGUGCAAGUGAUUCAAGAUUUUAAAGUUCGACCUGAUGAUAUUUGGGUGGUAACUUUCCCCAAAUCUGGCACGACCUGGGCACAAGAAAUGGUGUGGCAGAUUUGCAAUAAUUUAGAUUACGAAAAAGGCCACAUGAAACCACUCCAUAUGAGAUUUCCAUUUUUUGAAGGUAAUACAAUCGCGCGUCCGACCCUAAAAGAAAUAUUUAAUAUGGAUGUUUUAACUUACGUGGAAAGUAUGCCAUCUCCUCGUUUAAUUAAAAGCCACCUUCCCGCUCAUCUUUUGCCCAAAGAGAUUUGGACAGUAAAACCCAAGAUCAUCUAUGUGGCAAGGAAUAUAAAAGAUGUGAUUGUUUCUUAUUUUCAUCACUACAAACACGUAGAUUUCUACAGUGGAUCUCUCAACGAUUUUGUGGAUAUAUUUCUUAACGAUGCUGUUCUUUAUGCGCCUUAUGAUUCCCAUGUAAUUGAUUUCUGGAGGAUGAAAAAUGAGGGUAACAUCCUCUUUUUAACCUACGAGGAAAUGAAGAAAGAUCUAUUAAGUGUUGUUCGAAGAACAGCCGAAUUCUUAGGAAAAUCCUAUACGGUCGACCAAAUGAACAAACUAACUGAUCAUCUAUCCUUUGAAAAAAUGUCUAAAAAUAAAUCAGUUAAUUUUGCUGAUAUUGGAGAUAAACACAACAAAGUGGUAAAUCGUAAAAAAGAUGACAGUUACAAUUUUAUCCGGAAAGGAAAAGUUGGUUCAUAUCGCGAAGAAAUGACACCUGACAUGAUAAAGAAAUGCAACAAUUGGAUUAAGGAAAGACUAGGAAGACAUCAAAUUGACUCACAACUCUUAGAUAUAUUUAUACAUACCGAAUAAAUAUUUAUAAAUCUGAAAUUUUUACUAAAGAGAAUCGAAUUGAAUAAAGAUUAGAAAAUUAUAAAAA